GUCCUCUCCAUCUCUCAACCAAUCCGCGCAUUGCUUGGAGCGAGGCCGCCGCGAUACGCUCGAAUUGUUGUGUCUCACGUACGGAGAGCUGUUCGCAUCUACCGCACGGUCGAACACGCUAUUAGGGUAUAAACACGGUGACAUGAACGCGUCAGAUGCGUUCACGUCUACCGUGGUGGGGAUGCUCCUUUGCUUCAUUUUCUUCGGAGGCACUCUAGGGCAAAGCAUCUACUACUUCCGUCAGUUCACUCGUGACGGGCUCACUCUGAAGGGCCUGGUUGUCAGUCUUUUCCUUUUAGACACUGUGAAGGCAUUUCUCCACGCACAGUUGCUUUCGUACUGGUUUGUCAACCACCAUUCCGACGCUUCUAUACUAUUGUUACUUCCGUUGUCGUACACGGUCCACUUCAUCAUAUCCACAACAUGUGUGUUUCUCGUGCAAGGUCUCUAUAUCCGUAACAUAUGGGCUUUACUGCGAGGCCGGUGGUACCAGAACUAUGUUACGGGGGUGGGGGUUGCUCUGGCUACUAUAUCCUUGGCAUGCGGGCUCGUCGCAGCUCACGACAUUCUUACCAGCAUAAGCGACGUCGAAGCCAUCCAACGCGUCGAGGUAUCGGGCAGGAUCGAGGGUUACACGGCUGUUGCAGUCGAUGUUUACAUAACCGCUGUACUCUGCUUCAUUUUCCAUCGCGCUCGGACGGGGUACGAACCGACGGAGAAUCUGAUCUUCAAGCUCAUGGCGUUCACAAUUAACCGUGGUAUUCUACUCUUUGUGAUACAGCUGUUGGUGAUAGUCACGUACAAACCUAACGGCACUCAAGCACUCGACGGGGUCUACUGCUUUGCCGGAACUCUGAACGUCAACUGCGCCCUCGCCACAUUGAACGCACGAUCUGGCAGAGGCGACCUGAUCGCAAGUCAACUGAGUAGCUUCGAUGCUCACUCCGGAACGUCAUCGGCCGGAGACCAUGACGAGUCGACGGACGACUUGCACGAUAAGUUGCAACGGAAGGCGAGCGAAGAGAAGUGAAUGAGGCUCCUAGCGAUAUAGCUUAGCCAGGCUAUCGUAUACAGACGACGGUGCUUUAAUACCAUCUAUCUCCC